CAAACUCUUCUGUACGUGUAUCUGUUUUUCAACCAAAAGAUCCCUUUCUCCACCCCAAGCUCUCUCAACUCGUAUUUCUUAUAAAUUUUAAACUCAACCACCACCACCGCCGAACUAUCCUCCGUCAAUUUCUACCGAAACGGUGGUGAAAAAGCUGAUAGUGGAGAUGGACAAAAUACCUCCUCGUGGAGUUCACCACCGACGAGCUCACUCCGACACAACUUUCCGUUUCGAUGAUCUUCUCCUCUUCGACCCUUCCGAUCUCGAUCUUUCCUCCCUUGACCUCCCGGCUUCCUCAUCCAAUCCCACUCCUCCACCUGUCGUCCCCGUUCCUAUCUAUUCCUCUGACGAUUCUUCCUCCAACGGGCAUCAUCCUCGCUCCUCCCACAGUAACCCUAGGCAAAUCUCUUCCCACCUCCGUAGUCUCUCUGUUGACUCGGAUUUUUUCGACGGACUCGGCUUGACUGGACCGGCUAUUUCAGGAGGAGCUGGAGAUGAGAAAUUUGGCGGGAAAGGAGCGGCGGGAGAGAAGAGGGUUCACCACAGGAAUAGUAACUCGAUGGAUGGUACGGCGUCGUUUGAGGUUGAGUCUUUGAUGGCCGUUGACGGUGUUAAGAAGGCUAUUGCUCCUGAUAGACUCGCCGAGCUUGCUCUUAUUGAUCCCAAGAGAGCUAAAAGGAUUCUGGCUAACAGGCAAUCCGCAGCGCGUUCGAAGGAGAGGAAGAUUCGAUACACCAGUGAGCUGGAGAGGAAAGUUCAGACUCUUCAAACAGAAGCUACCAAUCUCUCCGCACAGGUCACAGUAUUACAGAGAGACACUACUGGGUUGACUACUGAGAAUAAGGAACUCAAACUACGGUUACAGGCCAUGGAGCAACAAGCGCAGCUUAGAGAUGCUUUAAAUGAAGCGUUGAGGGAAGAGGUGCAGCGGCUUAAGAUACAAGCCGGUCAAAUGUCAGCUAUGAAUGGAAACCACUUCAAUAGCGGACUACCUCAGUUUUUCUCCCACCAACCGUCCCCACAUCACUUUGGUGGUCAGCAAACCCCGCAACAGCAGCAGCAUCAGCAGAUGCCCGAGUCAUCCACCAAUAAUGGACAUCCGCAACCUCAGUUUAUGGAUUUUAACCAGGGAGCCUAGUUUGAGGCUGGAAAAGGAUCCUUGGAAAACAUAAGAAAAUGCAUUCAACAUAAUAUCUUGUACAUGGUAAUAUAUGUAUACAUAAAUGUAUAUGUAUUGCAGGUUAGGGUUGUGAAAGAGUGUUGGUGGGAUCAGAAGUUUCACAUAUGGCUUUAUUACCUCCAUAAUUAGGCUAAGAUGAAUGGAAAUGUGUUGCUUUGGAGAGAUUAGGUCCCUAAUUCUAUUGCAUAAUUGAGGGCUAAGAUGUUGAUUUUCAGUACCAAUGUACUAUGAAAAUUCAUAUUCAGCAGCCUCAUUUAUACAUUACAACUAGACUAUCGAUGCUUGUUUAACUCGGAUUCUGAAAUAGAGAAUAUCUCUCGUAGUUUCAGCGUA